AUUUGAAAACGUGGAUGGGCAGAGCCCCUCACUCCCGACCUGCGUGGCAUGUGCAGGCACGAGCAUGGCGGUGCACGUCGCACACCUUAGAGGGAAUGCUGCCCUCCACCCUUGGGGAAGCUCUGUUUCAAGCACUAUGGGUACUGCUGCUGAAUCAAAGAAAGGGAAGUUUCCCAUUUGGCCAGAAUGGAAUGAAGCAGAUAUCAAUGCAGAAAAGUGGGAUACAGGAAAAACCGGAAAAGAGAAAGAUAAAUCUGGAAAAAGCCCUGUUUUACAUGUCUUUGAGGACCCUGAAGGGAAGAUUGAAUUGCCACCAUCCUUAAAAGUGAAUUCAUGGAAACGCCCACAUGAAUUUUUAUUUAAUAAGGUUCCUGUGGUAGUGAAAAAUGAAAGUUGGUUUGACCUUUUUUCAGGAAAUGAACACUUAUUUGGUAGUGAGCUGAUGAGAUGGAUAAUAAGUGAAAUUUGCGCUGCAUGGAGGCUAUAUAAUGCAAAUGUUUUAAUUAAUGAUGGCAAAGCUAAUAUAAAUGAAACACCUGCACUCUUUUGGAAGCCAUGGGAACAUAUAUAUGCCUUAUGCAAAGCUAUCAAGGGACAUAUGCCACUGUACAAUAGCUAUGGAAAAUAUGUGGUGAAGCUUUAUUGGAUGGGGUGCUGGAGAAAGAUCGUUGUGGAUGACACUAUGCCUUUCAAUGAAGAGAAUAAUUUGUUGCUUCCGGCUACAACCUGUCAAAUUGAACUUUGGCCAAUGUUGCUGGCUAAAGCUAUCAUUAAGCUGGCAAACACUGACAUACAUGAAUCUGGAAAAAGAGAAUUAGGAGAGUUCACUGUUCUGCAUGCCUUGACUGGAUGGAUACCAGAACUCAUUCCUCUUCAGUCUGGAUAUUUGGAUAAGGUUUGGAUCUUUUUAAAAGAUGUAGUACCAGAAUUUAAGCUACCAAAUGAGACCAUCCCUGAAUUCAAAACUCCUUUGUCAGAUACAAAAGCUAAAGAGACCAAAGGUCCUGAGGUAAAAAAUGAAACUUCCACUUCCAGUAAGCAGUUGGAGAAGCCUGAAAAAGUGGAGAAAAUUGGCAAAGAAAAGUCAGAAAUAAAAGAUAUUGUAAAAAAGAAAAGUAAAGAUGGUGAAAAAGAAAAAAAUAAAUCAGCCCCUCAUUCCGCACGGACCCUUACAGAGACUCGGAGUUCUCUUCAGUCCUUUGUUGAAAGCUCUUCAGUGCCAACACAGCCACAAAUGGUGGUGUAUGCUAACUGUAUACCUCUUCAUUUGUUUGACGAAAAUAUCUUUGCAUUAGCACAAAUGGCUGAUUCUUCUGAGAAGUUAAGGCAAUAUGGCCUUUCUCAUAUAUAUAGUCAUCCUGUGCUGGUGACCAGAACUAGGUCCUGUCCUUUGAUAGUGCCACCAAAACCAUCACCAAUCCCUCAAUGGAAACUUUUCCGCCAAAAAAAAGAAACUAUUGUGACAGAUGAAGCCCAAGAGCCUAUAGUGAAGAAAUCUGAACAGCAUAUUGAAAUUGCCAGUCCAUUUUUGAAUUACAGACUUAAUGUUAUCACAGUGCCCACGGAUGUCCAAUUUCUAUCGUCUACCAUCAAAAAAGGAUUUCGUCUUGCAUCCACCCUCCCUUCAGUCGUUGAGUGUGAUGAAAAUGUAAAUGACACUUACCUGGAUGUGAAUCAAAUUAUGAAACCCUUGAUUAUGGAAGAGGCUUCUCAGGAGGCCUCCUUCGUUCAGCACCACAACACAGAAGGACCCAUGAAAGAAGAAUUAACUGAAUAUAUAAGUAAUGAUGUGGCGCAGACAUCAGAAGCAGCUGAUACUGGUGUUUACAGCCAGAUGGUGGAUAAAUCACAGGAAGAUAUUGAGACAGAAAGGAAUCCUGUUUCUAGGGAGACAUGGAUUAAUUUUGAAGACUUCUGUACUUGUUUUCAGUACCUACAUAUUUUCCACAAACCACAUACGUAUACUUUUAGUUAUCAGAAGGCAGAUUUUAAGUCUACUGAUGAUCGAAUCUUCUAUUAUUUAUUUGUGGACAGUUUGAAGCCUAUUGAAAUCCUGGUUAGUUUUUCUGCAUUAGUGCGCUGGGGAGAUACUGGAGCCACACAAAAAGAAGGUUCUAUUGUACCAAAGGGCACCCUAAUGGUUGAAAAUUUCUCCUGGAAAAAUGUGUCUCCUGGACAACUCUUACUAAAGAUACAUACAUAUGCGACUAAAGCUACUGUAUUAAACCUUCCUGCUGGGCGACAUGUGUUAAUCUUCACUGCAAGUUCUCCUAUAGGGCACCAUAUCCAUCUCUGUAGCAUGGUUCCAUGUGUCUUUGGAGAAGAGGAUACUGUUAUGCCAAACCUUGAAAAGGAGAGCUACCGGUUUAUAGAACAGGCUACAGCAAUCCUGAAGGCUAUUGCAAAUGUGAUAGAUAAUUUCAGCAGUGAGCCAAGACUUUCCAAAACCCUGAAGGAGUUGGAACUAAGUCACUGUCCUCCUGGUCUCAAUGGUACUGGGAUAGUGAAAGAACACUUCAAGGUUUUCAAUAAUGCUUUUUGGCAUUUGAUCAAACAAGUACUAGGUAACAAGGUUCCUCCCAAUUUUGAAUUCGCUUUCAGAUCUUUUACUUUGGACUUUAAAGCCAAGGAUUCUUCAAUGGAAGACAUUUUAUUUUCAGAUGUGCUAGAGCUUAAUAUACCAGUUUCUUGGCAGAACAGAAUUGCAACUUCUGAAGAAGAAGCUGCAGCUCUUAAACUGCAAGCCAGCUGGCGAGGGACUUAUAUUAGAAAAGUGUUAAAAGGUAGAAAACCAGGGACAAAGGAAAAUGCUAAUGUCAAAGAGAACCUGCAAAAAUUGUGGAGUCUGAUUGAUCCAAAUUUUGAACAGUGUGCUGUAACUCUAUUAAGAGAAAUGUUUAAAAGUAACUGUAAGUCAAUUGAAAAGUUCUCCUGUUAUGAAGAUGAAUGGACUAAGACAUCUUUUGCUGAUUAUGUUGUAACAUAUUCUGAUCAGCCACCAAAUUGCUGGUUUGUGGUUUUUAGGGAAGUAUUUCAUGUGACAGAAGAUAUGCUUGUAGUACCAAAGGUAUAUACCACCAUCCCUACCUGUAUACUCCAUGUUGUUGAUAAUGACACACUGGAGGAAAUGCCACAUGUCUUCCUCAAAGUGGCACCUCGUGUUUAUAGCAAGAAUAAGAAAGGGUACACAUUUAUGGCUGAAGCACAGACUGGUGAUUCAGCUCUGGCUGCUGGGAAAUGGAGACUCCGUCUUAUUGGUUCAUAUAACCCACUCCCCUCACUCUCUCGUGAUGCUGUAAACAACUCUUAUUCCACUAAGGAAAUAAAAGACUAUUACAUACCUAAUGGAAAGCACAUUAUAUUCAGGUAUGCCAUAAAAGUCACAGCAUCCCAUAUUGCCACAGUGCAGGUACAGACCUCUAAAUCAGAUGUAUUCAUUAAGCUACAAGUCCUGGAUAAUGAGGAAGAAAUAGUGAAUACCAUUGGAAAGGGCCAUGCAGUCAUCCCUGCAUUUAAUUUCUUCUGUCCUGAAAGACCUUUAAGUUCUCAAUCAAGCAAAGGUCAAGUUGGCCAAGGCAGUGCGAAGAAGGACCCAGAAGCAGGGGUACCAAAAAGAAAAGCUAUUAUUCCAAGUCAGAAGGGCAACAAGCCUACUUCCAAGCCAGGAUAUGUACAAGAAGGCCAGGCUGUAAUAGAAGAUGAAACUGUAUUGUCAACUUUUGAAAAGAAUGCUGGAGGUCCACAACAGUCUCACAAGUACAUUAUACAAGCACUGGUGUUGUAUGACAGUUGGCCACUUACUGAGAGUCAGUUGGCAUUUGUUCAGACACUGAAAGAAAUGGAGAAAAAUGAAAUCAAAGUACUACCCUGGUACUAUUGUGGCUGUCCAUGGGCAGAUCCAGGAUUUUGUAAAGGAGAGUGCAGACAGGUGCCCGACAGGGCAGGCAGACCAAGCUGCAAGACAGCAGCCAGGGACGUUUUUAAAGUUCCCAAACCAGUACACGGUGAGAAACAUGAAGACCCUAUUCUUGCAGUAAACCAGGAUACAUACAAUUUUGAAGGCCAGAAAUCUGCAAGUACUCCUAAACCGACCAGAAAAACAAAAGAUAAAGCAACUGAAAAGGCAGAAAAAGAAAAGUCUAGCAAAGAUAAAACAGCACCUACUUCUCGACCUGAAUCUCAGCAAGCUGAUCCAAACAAACCUUACUGGAUCUUACGUUUAGUGAGUGAGCAGGGUGAGACUGAAACACUAGAAGUGAAGAAAGAUACUGAAAGAGCAGAUGAAAUCAAAGCCAUGAAACAAGCAUGGGAGUCUGCAGAACCAGGCAGAGCUGUCAAGGCUUUUCAGGAGCGCAUUCAGUUUAUUAAUAAGUACACACUGAAAAGCUCAGCAGAGCCUGCAGCUGAAGCUGAAAUUAACAGCAUUGUUCCUGAUCCAGGAGAAGGAGGUGCAGUUUCUCCUGUGCCUGAAAAAAAAUCAUCACCAGCACCUGCUGAUCCAGUCUCACAAGUUCAGCAAAAAGAAUGGGAACCUAUAGACCUUACCCCCUAUUUCAGAAAAACAAUGCCUGAGCCUGUGCUAAAAAACGAGUUUAUCAUUCAACAGCAGGAAAUGCGUAAAGCAGAAGAAAUCAAUCAUUUUAGGGAACUUCGAAAACAAGUUCUGGAACAGAGAGAAAAAGACCAAAAAGCUCGCAUUUUAUUGAAACAACGUAUGCUUGAAAUGUAUGAACAUCUACAAGAAUCCUUAGAUGAAGCACGAGGCAGGGUUCUCAGUGCUCGGGAAGCAUACAGAAGUAAGUUACUAGAGGCUGAGCUCAAAAAACAAGAAGCCCUGGCUACUGAAGAAACAGCCCCUCGAACAGAGCAAGAGAAGAAAAGCCCAGAUGCACAGAAAAAAAAGCAAGGAAAAAGUGCAGGGAAAAAAAAGUAACUUUGCCUGAGGUGUUGGCCAUAUUGGCUUCUUCAUUGUUGAGGAAAGAUGAUCUAUUUUUAAUGAUGAAAAAAGUAUUCAGCGUUUUUCUAAGGCAAAAUGUAUUACCCAUAUAAUAAGCUGUCUCUCUCAUUCAAGUGUUAUUACAAAUCCUUCUAGUAUUGUUUUAUCUUUUUAAUAUGACAUAUUUUAUGGUUUGGGUAUUAUAAAUACUAUCAAUAUAGUCUGUGUUUUACUGCAAUAAAUUGUUGCACUAAAAUAUUCCUAUUGUAUCAGGACUUUUAUCCCAUUACUAUCAUUCCAUUUUUCAGCUCAAAAAAGUACCAAGAAUGAACUGAGAGGAAAAUAGUGCCUCUGAAAGAACUAAAUCAAAAGAAAAUGCCUAUUGUUCUUAGUAGGACAAACAGAUUCAAGAGACAUUGCUUAACUAUAUUGAUUUCCAAUUAAAAAUAUUUCCAAAUCUCCAGCUGCAAGAGUGAGCCAGAUCCUUUUCAGGGUUUAUUCUGUUGGCCUUAUGUAUGUUAAAAUAGUUAAUUUGUUCUGUUAGAUUUUAAGUCUGAACGUUGCAUACCAAGAGCUCCUGAAGUUGAUGAUGAUUUCUGUUAUGUAUACUGACUGAACACCAUCACCCUGUUUUAUUACUAUGUCUCAUUAGACACCCCCAAACUAUUUGUUUACUGUAACAGUGUUCUUUUUUUAACUACAUGGCCAGCUACUUUUACACCUUACAGUGCACUGGCCAAAUUGACCCCCAUAUUACAGUUUUCAGAAGCCACAUGCUUAGUUGAACGUUCAUUUAAGGAGUGAUGUUCUCCAAUAAUACAGUUUCUGCUCUUCAUUUACAGUCCUUGUUUCUUAUUUUACCAUUGUAGCUUCAUUGAUUCAUGUGAUUCAUGU